AUGUCUAAUAAUAGUGAAAUACAAGACACCGAACAUAAAAAUGAAUGGGAUAAUUGGACUUAUGAAUGCAAGGAUUUUCAUAAUAUUCAAGAAAUUGGUUCCAGUUCAUCCGGAAAAGUUUAUCGUGCGAAUCGGAAAGAUUCAGAACAAUACAUAGCAUUGAAAUAUUUUUUUAAUCUUAAUGACGUCGUUGUCAAAGAAAUAGUUCAUGAACUUAAGCUUCAAAGAGAAGGAGAAAUACAAUUUCAUGAUAAUAUUAUUAAGUUUCAUGGAAUUGCAAAAUUUGAUUCAGAUAAUCAAGAUAAUCAAGAUGAAUUAUUAAAAGGACAUUUACUAGUUAUGGAAUAUGCCGAUUCUGGCACUCUUAAAGAUUAUUUAAAGAAAAAUUUCAAUAACCUUACCUGGGACGAUAAAUACAACAUGGCGUACCAAUUAUCUUGUGCCGUGUCGUGCUUACAUGAUGAAGGGAUCGUACACCGUGAUUUGCAUCCUGGUAAUAUAUUGGUUCAUAAAAACACAAUAAAGUUGGCCGAUUGUGGGUUAUCAAAAAGAAUUGGAUUAGCGUCCAAACAAUUAAUAUUAUCUGGAAUAAUUCCUUACGUCGAUCCAAAAAAUAUUAAAAAUUCAACACAAUUAUUCUCAUAUAAUGAAAAGAGCGACAUUUACAGUAUUGGUGUAUUGUUAUGGGAGAUAUCUAGCGGUAAAUCUCCCUUUUCUACUGAAGAAUAUAAUAUUGAUUUGGCUAUAGAUAUUUUACAAGGUCUUAGAGAAAGUCCUAUUCCUGAUACACCUGAGAAUUAUAUAAAACUUUAUAUCGAUUGUUGGGAUGGUGAGCCGAAUAAUCGACCAACCAUAGGCCAGGUAGUAAAAAGUUUAAAAGCAAUAAUGACUGCUACAAAACCUAUUAGUAUAACAGGAAAUCAUCAUAUUAAAUCAGGCUUUCAAUUAUCGGAUAAACUAGAAAUUAAUCCAAUUAAUAAUAUUACUUCUUCAAAUGCUUCGAGUGUCAGUAAUUCAUACAAUGGAAUGGAAAAAGAUAUAUUCAUCUCUAUAACAACAAAUGAAAAAAUAGUUGAUGAAAGUAUUUCAUCAAAAGAGAAUUUAAAGAUAGUAAUUAAAAAAAUAGUAGAAUAUAUCUUUAAAUUAGUUAAUUUAGGAAAAGAAGUAACCUAUUAUAUUAUUGAUUAUAUUAAUAAUGAUCAUAGUGUAAAAUCGCAAGAAAUUUAUAAUUGGUUGUUAAAUAAUCAAAAUGAUUUGGAUUCAAUUUUCUUACUUGGAUAUUUUAAUUACGUAGGAAUUGAAACUAGUGGAAAUCUAAAUCAAGCGUUUGACCUAUUUAUUAAAGCAUCAGAGCAAGAUCAUACAUUGGCUCAGUUUUAUGUUGGAUUAUGUUACGAAUUUGGUUAUGGAAGCGAAAAAAAUGAAAAGCUAGCUUUUAAAUUUUAUGAAAAAGUAGCCAAUAAGAAUUAUCCGACAGGAAUAAAUUAUCUUGGUUAUUUUUACGAAAGAGGCAUGGGGAUUGAAAAAGACUUAAAGAAAGCUGUCUCUUUAUAUGAAAAAGCAGCAAAUUUAGGAAAUAUUUUAGCACAAUAUAACCUUGCUAUAAUGUAUAUGAAUGGAUAUGGUGUUGAUAAAGAUGAUAACAAGGCAUUUGAAUUAUCUAUACAAUCAGCUGAAGGAGAAUUUAUCGAUGGAAUAAGAGCAUUAGGAUAUUGUUAUAGUUGCGGAAUUGGAACUAGUGUUAAUAAACAAAAAGCAUUUGAAUUAUAUCAACAGGCAGCAGAUUUAGGAGAUACGGAUGCUCAAUAUAAUCUUGGUGAUAUGUAUGAAAUAGGGGAUGGAAUUUGUAAAGAUAUAAAUAAAGCAAUUUACUGGUUUGAACAAUCUGCUAAACAAGGAGAUCAAGAAGCUCAGAAUAGAUUGAAAAACUUAAAAAAGUAA